CGAAGGCAUACUGUGGUGACAGUAUAGCAGCCGUGCAGCAGGCCGGUGGACACUUCUCCGGUGCACAGUUUUUGCCUUGCACUUGCAGCUUUGCUGGCUGCUUGUAUUUAGCUCCGGGCCCGCAUCCCGAGCUUUUUUGACAAAGAAUUAUAUUGAGGUUGAUUUGGGCCUGCAAGCGCUAAGGACACGGCGCAAGCUAUGAGGGCCAGCCAACUUUGUGGGGGCCAGCCGCUUCGGCAGAGGAAGAUGGCGCUCGGCUGCUUGGCUCGGGCCAUGGGCCCCGUGCUGCCCGGUGUCAGCUCGGCCCGCGCUGCGCUACUGCGGGCGCCCCGGCCGCUGCACAGCGGCGUGUUUGCCAAGGCGGGGGGUGCGGCUGCGCCCGCUGCCGCUGCGGCGGGCAAGAAGGGCGGCAAGAAGGGCGGUGCCAAGGACGAGGGCGCCGAGGGACCCUCCGGCCCCUACAGCCCCACCGUGCGCCUGCCCGCCACGGACUUCAGCCUGCGCGCCAACAGCCCGGUGCGCGAGCCGCAGAUCCAGGCCUGGUGGGAGGAGCAGGCCGUGUACAGCAGCCUGGCGGAGGGAGGAGCGGGGGAGCCGUACACGCUGCAUGACGGCCCGCCCUACGCCAACGGCGACCUGCACAUCGGGCACGCGCUCAACAAGAUCCUCAAGGACUUCAUCAACAGGUACCAGCUGCUCCAGGGCCGCCGCGCCAAGUUCGUUCCGGGCUGGGACACGCACGGCCUGCCCAUCGAGCUCAAGGUGCUGCAGAGCCUGCCCGACAAGGAGCGCAAGAGCCUGGGUGUGCUGGAGCUGCGCGCCAAGGCCCGCGAGUUCGCGCUCAAGACCAUUGACGCGCAGCGGCAGCAGUUCAAGCGCUACGGCGUGUGGGCGGACUGGGCGGCGCCCUACGUGACCCUGGAGCCGGCCUACGAGGCGGCGCAACUGCAGGUGUUUGGCAAGAUGUACACCAACGGACACAUCUACCGCGGUCUGAAGCCUGUGCACUGGAGCCCCAGCAGCCGCACCGCCCUGGCUGAGGCCGAGCUGGAGUACCCCGAGGGCCACAAGUCCACCUCCGUCUACGUGGCGCUGCCCAUGACGGCGCCCGGACACAAGGCCGCAGCCAACCCGCAGCUGGCGGAGGCGCUGCAGGGCUCCGCCUUCGCCAUCUGGACCACCACCCCCUGGACCAUACCCGCUAACCUGGCCGUGGCGCUGAACGACCAGCUGGACUACUGCGUGGUGGAGGUGCAGGCGGCGGAGGGCGCAGAGGGCGAGGAGGGCGCAGAGGGCGCGGAGGCGGCGGCGGCGGCGGCGGCGGCGGCGGCGGCGGGCUGGGCAGUGCGGCGUCUGGUGGUGGCCAAGGAGCUGGUGGGGCGGCUGGGCGAGAAGACCGGGGCGCGCUUCCAGGUGCUGACCACUGUCAAGGGCUCCGAGCUGGAGGGCUGCACCUACAAGCACCCGCUGUACGACCGCGUCAGCCCCGUGGUCAUUGGCGGCGACUACAUCACCACCGAGACGGGCACGGGCCUGGUGCACACGGCCCCCGGCCACGGCCAGGAGGACUACCUGGUGGGGCAGCGCUGCGGCCUGCCGCUGCUGAGCCCCGUGGACGACGCCGGCUGCUUCACGGCGGAGGCGGGCGAGGCGUUCGCGGGUCUGGCGGUGCAGGGCGAGGGCAACCGGGCGGUGUGCGCGGCGCUGCGGGAGGCGGGCGUGCUGCUCAAGGAGGAGCUGUACGAGCACAAGUACCCCUACGACUGGCGCACCAAGAAGCCCACCAUCUUCAGGGCCACUAGCCAGUGGUUUGCCAGUGUGGAGGGCUUCCGCGGCAGUGCGCUGGAGGCCAUCCGCGGCGUGGGCUGGGUGCCGGGCGGCGGCCUGAACCGCAUCACCGGCAUGGUGGAGGGGCGCUCCGACUGGUGCAUCAGCCGGCAGCGCAAGUGGGGCGUGCCCAUACCCGUGUUCUACGACACCGAGACAGACGAGGCGCUGAUGAGCGAUGAGACCAUUGCGCACGUGACGGCGCUGGUGCGGCAGCACGGCUCCGACUGCUGGUGGACGAUGGGCGUGGAGCAGCUGCUGCCGCCCAGCCUGCAGCACCUGGCGCCGCGGCUGCGCAAGGGCGAGGACACCAUGGACGUGUGGUUCGACAGCGGCAGCAGCUGGGCGGGCGUGCUGCAGGCCACACCCGGGCUGGCCUACCCCGCAGACCUGUACCUGGAGGGCAGCGACCAGCACAGAGGCUGGUUCCAGUCCAGCCUGCUGACCAGUGUGGCGGCCAACGGCGUGGCGCCCUACAAGGCGGUGCUCACGCACGGCUUCGUGCUGGACGAGCGCGGCCAGAAGAUGAGCAAGUCGCUGGGCAACGUGGUGGACCCGCGGGUGGUGAUCGAGGGCGGCAAGGACGCCAAGAGCCAGCCAGCCUACGGCGCCGACGUGCUGCGGCUGUGGGUGGCGUCGGUGGACUACACCAGUGACGUGGCGAUCGGCGGCGCCAUCCUGAAGCAGAUGGCGGACAUGUACCGCAAGGUGCGCGGCACCCUGCGCUUCCUGCUGGGCAACCUGUCCGACUACGACCCCGCCGCACACGCCGUGCCCUACGCCCAGCUGCCGGGUCUGGACCGCUACCUGCUCAGCCGCCUGCACGCCGUGCUCACAGAGGUGGCGGCGGCCUAUGACAACUACCAGUUCUUCAAGGUGUUCCAGUCGCUCCAGCGCUUCGUGGUGGUGGACCUGUCCAACUUCUACCUGGACACCGCCAAGGACCGCCUCUACAUCCGAGGCCCCGACGACCCCGCCCGCCGCGCCUGCCAGACGGUGCUGGACGCGCUGCUGCGGGGCCUGCUGGCGGCGCUGGCGCCCCUGGUGCCGCACAUGGCCGAGGACGCCUGGCUCAACCUGCCCUACGCCCGCCCCGCCGGCUCCGUGUUCCAGGCGGGCUGGGCGCGGCCCGACCCCGCCUGGGCGGCCGGGCUCAGCGAGCAGCAGGCGGCGGGCUGGGCGGUGCUGCUGGAGGUGCGCGACGCCGCCAACGCGGUGCUGGAGAAGGCGCGCAGCGGCAAGGCCAUCGGGGCGGGGCUGGAGGCGCGCGUGGUGGUGCACGUGAGCGAGCCGGUGGCGGCGGCGGCGCUGGCGGCGCUGGACGCGGCGGGCAACGGCGCGGACGAGCUGCGGUACCUGCUCAUCGUGUCGCAGGUGGAGCUGGUGUCUGACGCGGCGGCCGUCAAGCUGUGCCCCUUCCACGACACCGCGCCCUCCGCCGCGGGCGCCGGCGCCAUCAGCGUGGGCGUGACGCGCGCCUCCGGCUCCAAGUGCGCCCGCUGCUGGAACUACAGCCCGGCGGUGGGCCACACGGCGCCCGCCGACUACCCCGACCUGUGCGAGCGCUGCAGCCCCGUGGUGGCGGCCGCCGCAUUCAGGCCGCAGCAGCAGCCGGCGGCGCCGGGGGCAGGCGCCAAGCAGCCGGCGGUGGCGGGGGUAUAGAGGGGGCAGUGGUUGGGGGCGGAGGCAGGCGGGCGGCGGUGGAGAGGAAUGGAGUGAGGGGGUUGGCCAGGAGGUGGUGAGGGUUGUAGGUGUGUUUAGAUACGGGCAGGGAGAACCCGGUGUGUGUGAGGGCUCAGGUGUGGGAGAACCCAUGUGUGUGUGAAGUGAUUCACGUGAUCAAGCUGUGCGACUAGGAGUAGCAGGAGGCUGAUGCGUUAAGGCCAGUUUGGCCAGUGUGUAUGUGUUAGGGUGCUGGGGUGCUGGGUGGAUGUGGCUCAGGUAGGUCAGCACUGGGCGGAGGACAGGGGCGCAUGCCGGGCCCCCGGCCAUACCGUGGAGCCCCCUGCAGGGCCGGCAGCUGACUGGUGCCGGGUCAGGAGGCAGGAGUGUGACAUGGCGUGACUCAACCUCGGCAAUGGAGGGCUAAGUGACGCAAGUAACGCUGUUGCAGCCGUCAAUGGCUUGGCAGCGCGUUCGUGAGCUUUUGCCCUGAAACUGUGGACGACUCGUGGCUGCGGCGCUGCGGCGCUGCCAGAGGACCCAGUGUUACCGUAUGUGACAUA